AUUACCAAAACAAAACUCCUGACCGUUCCCUUGGAUCGCGCGUUGUGUGUUGUUUUUUUUAGCGCGCGUUAUGAUUGAAAUCUGCGCUGUGUUUGAAGUUUGCACAAGUGCUAUAAUAUUAUCCUUUCAAAAAGUGCACAAAAUUAUUAUUUGCAAUCAUAUUAGGAUACUUUCAACUUAUUGAAACAAAGCAAAAAAAAUUGAAGAUGACAAUAAUUUGAAAUUCACCUUAAACACCAUCAUUUUUUCUAAAAUCACCUAGAAAAAAAUCAAUUUCCAACUCCAAAAAGAGCAUUUUUCUUUUUUACGUAAAAGGAAAAUUUAAGAGGAAAAAUUCAACAUCAAAUUACGAAUUCAAACUCAAUUUUGUUCUAUAUAGACUGAGUGUGGAUUGAGCAAUAACACAGAGGUCACUGGACGCCGGUCUCUGUGUUCGCCCGGGCCCCAAAGAAGCGGAGAGGGGUCAGCGAUGGCCGCCCCAACGCACAGCAAAAAGCGAGUUUGCUACUACUACGAUAGCGAUGUAGGCAACUACUACUAUGGGCAGGGGCACCCCAUGAAGCCCCACAGGAUACGUAUGACACACAACCUCCUUCUCAACUAUGGCCUCUACAGGAAAAUGGAGAUAUACCGGCCGCACAAGGCCACGCAGGAAGAAAUGACCAAGUUCCACAGCGACGACUACAUUCGCUUCCUGCGCUCCAUUCGGCCGGACAACAUGUCAGAGUACAACAAACAGAUGCAGCGGUUUAACGUGGGCGAGGACUGUCCGGUGUUUGACGGCCUGUACGAGUUCUGUCAACUGUCCACCGGCGGCUCGGUGGCCGGCGCCGUCAAACUCAACCAGCAGGCCGCAGAGAUCGCCGUCAACUGGGCCGGCGGUCUGCAUCACGCCAAAAAGUCCGAGGCGUCUGGCUUCUGCUACGUCAACGACAUCGUGCUGGCGAUUCUUGAGCUGCUCAAGUACCACCAGCGGGUGUUGUACAUUGACAUCGACAUCCACCACGGCGACGGCGUCGAGGAGGCCUUCUACACCACCGACCGGGUGAUGACGGUGUCAUUCCACAAGUACGGAGAGUACUUCCCCGGCACCGGAGAUCUCAGAGACAUCGGCGCCGGCCGGGGCAAGUACUACGCGGUCAACUUCCCGCUGCGGGACGGCAUCGAUGACGAGGUGUACGAGCAGAUCUUCGUGCCCAUCAUGUCCAAGGUGAUGGAGACCUACCAGCCGUCGGCGAUCGUGCUGCAGUGCGGCGCCGACUCGCUCUCCGGCGACCGGCUCGGCUGCUUCAACCUCACACUCAAGGGUCACGCCAAGUGUGUGGAGUUCAUCAAGCGGUACAACCUGCCGCUGCUGCUGCUGGGCGGCGGCGGCUACACCAUACGGAACGUGGCGCGCUGCUGGACCUACGAGACGGCCGUGGCGCUCAACGUGGACGUGGCCAACGAGCUGCCCUACAACGACUACUUCGAGUACUUCGGGCCCGACUUCAAGCUGCACAUCAGCCCGUCCAACAUGGCCAACCAGAACACACCAGAGUACCUGGACAAGAUCAAGACGCGGCUGUUUGAGAACCUGCGCAUGCUGCCGCACGCGCCAGGAGUGCAGGCCCAGGCGAUCCCCGAGGACGCCGUCAAUGACGAGGAAGACGAGGACGAGGACAAGACGCACCCGCCCGACGAGCGGGUCAGCAUCCGCGCCUCGGACAAACGCGUCCAGGGCGACAACGAGUUCUCCGACAGUGAGGAUGAGGGCGAGGGCGGCCGACGCGACGAACGCUCGGCCCGGAAAAAGAAGCUGCGCACGGAGGGCGGCUCUCCGGAGAAGCCGGCGCCCGCCGAGGAGGCUGAGGUUAAGGCCGAGGACGGCAAGGAGACGGCCAAGCCGGAGACGAAGCCGGCCGGCGGCGGCGACCAGGCGGCCAGCGCGGCGCCCGAGCCCAUGUCGACGGCGUGAGCCGGUCACCGACCCCAGACACACACACACAGACUGACUGACAGAGAGGGUUUUAUACGUACCGCAUUUUCCCGUUCAUCGUGGCUAAGUGUCGGUGUCGGUAGCGCGACACGUUGAUUGGUCGACAGGCUCGAUUCCUGGCGCCGGAUUGGCCGGCGCAGUGGCGGCGGCGCGCUGAUUGGACGAGAGGCUGACUGGCGUGCGCUGAUUGGCUGCCGCCGAGCGGUGGUGGCGCGCCGGUUGGUCGGAGCGCGCGGCGCGCGCGGGACGAAGUCCGCUGAUGCACUCUGUGUCGGGAUAAUGGUGCCGCUUUAUUUUGUACGGUCUCAGCUGAGUGUUUGUUGCAGCGCCAGUUCUACCGUCGCGGCCCGGCCGCGGCGGCAGGGGCGCGUCACCCUCGCAUUCGUACACCCGAGCAUCGCCAAAAGGGAGCAUCAUUAUCAUCCUUCACCUCAUGACUCUAUAAAUUCGCAUCGUUAAGGUUAUGUGAUUAGCUAGUAGGUUACCUCUCAUGUGAACAAUAAAGUGCUGCUAAAAUGUU